UAUUUUUACUACAUUUGGAGCUCCGUGCAUCUUACAGAGUGAUAACGGUAGAGAAUUUGUUAACAAGGUUAUUGAAGAGUUAUGCAGUAUGUGGGAAGAACUGAAAAUCGUACAUGGCAAGCCACGGCAUUCAAAAAGUCAGGGCUCUGUUGAAAGGGCUAACCAGAACGUAGAAAAUAUGCUUGCCACCUGGUUAACAGAUAAUAAAACUAAUAAAUUGAGCUAGGGACUUAAAUUCAUUCAAUUUAUGAAAAACAGAAGUUUACACUACGAAAUUAAGUGUUCUCCUUAUGAGGCUAUGUUUGGUAUCCGGGCAAAAAUAGGCUUGAAAUCUACUUCUCUACCAAAAAGUAUUAUACAUAAGCUGAAGACUGAUGAAGAUUUAGAAACCGCAUUGAACUCUAUUAAUACUGAAAAAUCUGUUGAUACAUCUUCUGAAGAAAAUAUUGAUGUUAACGAAGAACAAGCUGAUAUUAUACAAUCAAGACAGGAAACUAUAAUUGAAAAAAGAAGAGAAUCGUUCCAUAAUUUAAAAGUUCAAGCUUCAAAAGUGAAGACUAACUCCGAACAUCGACUUCGUGAAGGCAAAAUUGGCGAAAGUGUUAAAAUUAGAAUACCUGAUGUUGAUAAAGCACGGAAUGAUCUGCGAUCCAUUUUAGGAGUCAUUAUUAAAAAACAAUAGUUAUGAAAUUGGUACCACUGAAGGUAAACUUCAACAACUUUAUGCUAGAAACCAAUUUGAAAUAUGCAAAGAGUCGUUUGUCCAGAUUGUAGCAGUACCAGUAACAUCUCCGAUAUCACUAAGAGAAACAGCUAGAAAAUUUUCAAAUAUUGGCGGUCAAGGAUAUGACCGGUGUAACUAUAAACAGCAAUGCAAGACAAAUAAAUGUAAGUGUAGGGCUGCAGGUAAACUACUUCUAAAUGCCAUGA